ACAAGCUUUGUUUUGGACUUAGUCUUUCAGCCACUCAGUCUGUAAGUGUGCUCGCUUUUUGUUGCCCUUAAAUAAAUCUCUGAACUGCACCUGCUAGCCUUCGUGUCCUGCGUUUGGGUCCUCCAACCUGCUCAACCCUGCCUUCACCUCAAAACCGUGACAGAAUGACCCAACCAAAGAUGGACCCAGCGGACAUCGUAAGACUGUCUUGCACCUGGGAGGCAUUAGGAGUGCCUAAAGAGGAGCUAGUGGAGGAGGAAUCCCAGUUUUUUGAACUGCUGUCUGUCAUGUGGAGGACCGACCCAGAGAUGGCUCUGCUCGUGGCAUCCUCCAGGUGGAGAAAGACAUUUGUUUUUGAGACUGUUUCCAAGUUGUGUUCCGCACCCCCCCAGUGUGUGAAAGCUAGCGCUGCUAGCCGCCAGCCUGAUCCGCCAGUCUCCUGCUCGGCUUGCGCUGCUAGUCCUCAGCCUGUCCCCUGUGCUGCUAGCUCCAGGCUGUCUGUUCCCCAGCCUGUUAAACCCCUAAGGACUUGUUCCAGGCCUGCUAGCUGCAGGGUGGGAGGCUUCUUCCUCUCCCGGCCUUCUAGCACCCAGCCUGCUAGUCGCCCGCCUGAUUCCCUCCCGGCUAGCGCUGCUAGCCGCCCACCUGGUCAUCUCCCUCCUGUGUUGGCUCCAUCAUCCGGACUGGUUGGGGACUCCUGGACAUCUAGCUCUCUGGUCUCUUUUUUGAUGGACUUGCCGUUAGAACCAGACAGCCCUAGGACUGCUAGUUCCCAACCAGCUCUGAGUCGACCAGAUAGCCUAUGGCCUGAUAGCCUGGAGGCUAGGCUUCCCCCGGAGUUCUCCUUUGAAGGGAGUCGCCUGGCCAUCUUUUCGGGUUCCCGUGGUGGUCAUCGGAGGCGACCAGGUCACCAGCAGCGACCCGUCUGCAACCAGCUUGAUCCCAGGCCAGCUAGCGCUGCUAGCCGCCUGCCUGAUCCCCGGCCCGUUAGCGCUGCUAGCAGCCUGCCGGAUCUCGAGCAGACUCCUGUUCCCUCGUCGGUGCCCCAUACACCGGCCUCCGGAGAGAUCUCUCCUUCAUCGGUCACCUGCCUGGCCUCAGGACGGCCUCCCGAACUGUGUUGCUCCCCUGAUCUGCCGGGCCUCCUGGGUCGUCCCCCGGGACGACCGCCUGAACUGUUUGGUCCCUGUUCUCCCCCUGCCCUGCCUUUGGGCCGCCCACCUGAGGCUUUCUGGUUCCCCUUUGCUCUGCCUUCAGGCCGCCCGCCUGAGGAUUCCCUGUCUGGAGCCCCGGCAAAGUUCUCAGGCCACCCGCCUGAGGUUCCCCCGACUGGUCCCCUUGAUCUGCCCGGCCUGUUGGGUCGUCCUCCGGGACGGCCUCCUGAACUCUGUUUCCCCCCUGGUCUGCCUGGCCUCAUGGGUGGUCCCGCGGGACGCCUACCUGAUCUGUUUUGCCCUCCUGGUCUGCUCGGACGUCAGGGGCCGUCCUUUUGA